AACAAUCAUCAAACAUCAGGCGUAACCACAGCAGCAGGCACUUGGUUUUCAGUUAUAUUUCGACAUCACCUCGCACCGGCUCUCUAUCCUUUCUAUACACUAAACAUCCGAAUUAGCCUCUGAAAAUUAUUAGCUUUUUCCAGCUAUCUCAGUGAUAUCCUGCGGAACAACGGCAGGAUCUUAGAUGGUAUCGCCGCGCAAGCCGGCAUCGUCUUACGGUCCAAGAGCACCCCGCUUUGAAGCAAAUAACCUGAUGGCAGCAUCGGCGAAGAGUUGCGAGAGCCUGUUCUCGGCCAGCUCCAGGGAAUCGGCCAGUUUAAUAUACCAGCGGAGCAAGCCACCUCCGCAACAACGUGGCGGAAUGAAGGGUUCCAGUGGCAGCCAUCAGACGAUGGCUUCCCAAAAUCACAGCGAGAUUCAUCAGCGGGUCAUGUCGGCAAGGAAUCUGCGCGCCAAGACCUUUCAAAAUCAAUUAGCUGAUGCCCAGGCGGAGAUCUCAAAUCUGGCGCAUGAAAAUCGCAUGCUGCGCACCCUCCACAAACGUCAGUCCUCUGCGCUAAACAAGUACGAGUCCAACAAUGCCGAGCUGCCGCAGUUGCUUCACUCCCACGCCGAAGAGCUCCGGGUUUGGCAGACCAAGUACCGGAAUCUACAGACCGUCAAUAAGGAUCUGGAGUUAAAACUCAAGCAGAAGGAGGCCAUUAUCCUGUCGCUGAGCGAUCAGAAUAAGCACUACAGCCAGCUAAACAAGGACAAAAACCUUGACGAAAGACAGAAACUUCAGGAGAAGCUAAAAUCACUGGAACAGCGCUUGGAGGACAAGGAUAACGACAUGAAGUUGAUGGCCCGAAAGGUCCAAUUGGAGUCUAAGAACUUCCGCCAGCAGUUGCUCAAUGAGCAAAAGAAAGGAAAGGAGGUAAUGCUAAAGCUGGAGAAAGCCAAACUCGAGAUCAGUGGCUACCGAAAGCUAGAAGAGUAUACUCUUGGAACUGAUAAGAUUAAUCCCUUGUCCGCUGGACGCCGUACAAAGUUAAACGGCGUCACCGAGGAUCCGGACAAGAUUGACAAACUAGAGAAGUCACUGGAGAUGCUGGACAAGGCCAUUGAGAGGAACAAUCAGAGCGAUUUCAACGCCCUAACGGAUGUCAUGGAGUCGGAAUCGUUCUUUGACUUUGAAAAGGACAGUGCAGAGGACAAGAGUAGCGGGCCGAAUUCUCCGCCUGGUCACCCAAAACGACAGGCUGGAGGACGUGGGGGCAAGCUCGUUUUACCUCCUGCCACCAAUCAGGCAAAGAUCGGUCAGAGCCUUAAUCGUUCCACUUUAAGCCAAGUGCUUUCUGCCCAGGGAAAGAUUCCAGUAGCUUCUGCAAAAGCUAAUAAAUCUAAGAUUGGCAUCGGGGCUCCCAAGAUGGAUAGUGCCCAGGCCAGCAAGCGUCGUGAACCGGAAUCCCUAUCCAGACUGUCAUCCGCUGAGGUAAAACCAAAACAGAAAUCUCUAAAAUCCCUGGAGUACGAGUACGAUGAUGACUAUGAGCCAGCAGAUGUAGAUGAAGAUGACGAUGCUUAUGGCUUGAUGAACAAGAUGUGCGACGAAGGCGAUGAGCCCGAGGAGAAUAGCGAAGAGAAUGCCAACGAUGACAGUCUGGUUAAAUAUGCCUCUUACCUGGACGUCAAGAGCAACGAGUGUGAUCCGUUGGAAGAAUCGGUGGAGGACGACGAGGAAACUGAUGGUCAAAAUACGCAGCGCAGCGACGAUGAGUCCCAGGAUGACAGUGUUCGUGGUCCGCGUCUCAAAGAGAACAUGUCCAGCUUGCGUAAGCAGAUCUCGGAUGACUACAAGGAGCGUGAGAGCUUCCUGAAGACGUUCUGCCGUCAGGCGAGCAACAGCAAUAUGCGCGACGAUCCGGCGCCCAAGAAACGUAACAGCAUCGCCACCGGAGCGGCGACCAGUAGCCACAUGACCGGCAGUCGUAAGCACGCCCUUUUGGCCGCUUUAAAGACGAUCGACGAUAACAAGAGCCAGGACUAGAAUACACCAUGUUAGUUCCACCCAUGUCCAGUUCAUGUUAGUCCCUAAGCGGUGUUGAGUUAUAUAUAUAUAUUUUUCAAGCUGAGACCGGUGCCUUCGGCCCAGCUGGAGUAGCUGCAUCAGCGGCUGGCCAAAAGGCAUUGAAUCCAGCGGUUGCUGCAGUUGCUCCAGCGCUGGAAGCAUGGGAGUUAAGUAAAUUUUAAUACAAAUAUAUCAGUGUUUGGUGC